UGCGUCACGUGACGCGACCGGGAAGCCGGCGCUGCGGAGGGCUGUGCUCCGGGAGUGGCCGGCGACCGCCACUGUCGGGCUGCGUUUCGUGGAGGCGGCGGCGGCGGCAUGUUCACGGCGGGGGCCGAGAGUCUGCUCCGUCAGGCCAGGGAGAUCCGGGACGAGGAGCUGGGGAGGCUCUGCUCCCGCGUCUGUGCGCUGCUGGGGAGGGAGGACUGGGGGCCCGACGCGCUCGAUGCCCUGCGGAGGCUCUUCCUCAUCGUCUCGGCCACGAAGCACGGCAGGAGGCUGGAGCAGCCGUGCGUGGAGCUGCUGCAGGCCGCCCUCUGCUCGCCCACCUGCCCCGAGCAGCUCCAGCUCCUCUGCGCUGCUGUCCUGAGAGAGGUGUCGCCCUCCCGCAGCCUGAGCCUGACCUGUGACCGCGUCCAGAACACGCAGCAGCUGGGACUGGUGGCCUCUGUGCUCUUGGCCCAGGGCGACCGCAGGCAGGUCGGCAGCGUGGGCCAGUGCGCCCUCAGAGUCCUGGAGAGCCGGCAGCCCGAGGGGCCCGGCCUGAGGCACCUUCUCCCGGUUGUGUCCAAGGUCACCAACCUGGCCCCAGAUGCCCUCCACGAAGAGCAGACCAACACGCUCAACAGAAGGCUGGGGGACUGGCUCCGCCACGCCAGCGUCCAGCAGGGCAUCGCGCACUCCUCCGGAGGCUUCUUCUCCACGCCCAGAGCCCGGCAGCCAGGCCCUGUCACCGAGGUGGACGGAGCGGUGGCCACGGACUUCUUCACGGUGUUGUCCACGGGCCAGCACUUCACGGAAGACCAGUGGCUGAACGUGCAGGCCUUCUCCAUGCUGCGGGCCUGGCUGCUGCACGGCGGCCCUGGGGGCUCCAGCACCCCGGACGCAGACGACAGGUCGGAGUUGGAGGGCUCCACGCUGUCCGUGCUCUCGGCCGCCUCCACCGCCAGCCACCUGCUGCCGCCCCAGGAGCGGCUGCGGGAGAAGGCCUUCGAGUACUGCCAGCGCCUCAUCGAGCAGAGCAACCGGCGAGCCCUGAGGAAGGCGGACUCGGAGCUGCAGAAAGCCUGCCUGGUGGAGGCCGUGCUGGUGCUGGACGUGCUCUGCAGGCAGGACCCCUCGUUCCUGUACCGCACCCUCUCCUGCCUGCGGGCCCUGCACGCCCGGCUGUGCGGGGACCCGACUUGCGUGCGGGCGCUGCUGCCCGUCGCCCAGUUCUUCCUGCACCACGGGGAGGCCGCGGCCGUGGACGCGGAAGCCGUCUACCAGCACCUGUGCACCAGGAUCCCGGCCGAGCACUUCCACAGCCCGCUGCUGGCCCUCGAGUUCGUCCAGUUCUGCAGGGCCAGCCUCCCGCUGUUCGGCAGACACCUCGGCGUCCUCAGAAGCAGCUUCCCCAACCUCUUCAAGUUCCUGGCCUGGAGCAGCCCGCCCCUCACCGCCGAGUUUGUGGCGCUCCUCCCGUCGCUGGUGGACGCGGGCACGGCCGUGGAGAUGCUGGACCUGCUCCUGGACCUGCCCUGUCUGACCGCGGCCUUGGACCUGCAGCUCAGGUCAUCACAGGCUGCAUCUGAGAAGCCGCUCUGGGACGUCUCCGUCAGGGCUGCCGGCUGCCUGGAGGCCUUCCGGGACCCUCAGUACCAGGCUCUUUUCCAGCACCUGCUGCGUGCCAAAGCCAGUGGAACCACGGAGCGGUUGGUGCCACUCCACCAGCUGCUACAGCCCCUGGCCGGCUGUGCCCGGGUGGCCCAGUGCGCGGAGGCUGUGCCCAUCCUGCUCCAGGCCUUCUUCGCGGCAGUGACUCAGUUUGCUGAUGGGACCCUGACCAGCCAACUGGCCCUGCUGCUCCUGGAGAGAAGCGACACGCUCUACGAGGUCCCUGGGUACCAAGCCCGCGUGCACAAGGUGCUGAGCUCCCAGUUCCUGGCGCUGUGCACGCGGCGGCCGUCGCUGGUGGUGGAGCAGGCAAAGGAGCUGCUGGAGUUCGUGGGCAGCCUGGGCGGCCCCCACGGCGGCGGGCACAUGCUCACGUCUGUGGUGCACCGUGGAGCAGAUCAACAAGUUUUUCGAAGCCCUGGAGGCCCUGCUCUUCGAGGUCACGCAGUCGCGGCCUUCGGCCGCCCUCCCCGCGUGUCCCCCCCAGGUCAUCACCGUGCUCAUGACCACGCUGACCAAGCUGGCUUCCCGGAGCCAGGACCUGAUCCCCAGGGUCUCUCUGUUCCUGUCGAAGAUGCGGACCCUGGCCCAGAGCCCUGCUGCGGGCUCCGCACACGGCGAGGAAGACGCGCGAGCCGUUCUCACGCGGGCCACUGAGCUGCUGAACCUGCUCAAGAUGCCCAGCGUGGCCCAGUUCGUGCUCACGCCCAGCGCGGAGGUGUCUGAGCCCCGCUACCACCGCGACACCAACACGGCCCUGCCCCUGGCCCUGAGCACGGUCAGCCGCCUGGUGGAGAGGGACGCGGGCCUCCUGCCCGGGUGAAGGGCCGGCUGCAGACCGCGAGCCUGCUGUCAGGACGCAGCCUCAGCCGGGGGUCAGGCAGGGUGGGGAGGCGGCCCCGGGGCCCUUGGUGCUGCUCGGCGCUGUCACGUUCUCACCCUUUGCGCCCUUGUUUCUGAUCCCUUGUCUCGUGACCAUGCUGAGCUGUCUGGUGACACAGCACCCGACGCUGGGUCUUAGCCCCUCUGGGGACUGAAUGGAGGCUGCUUGGUCUGUGUCCUGCUGUUCCUUGUUUGGGGGCAAAAAGAGAGACAGCAGAAGUAAACCUCCUUACAGGCCGUGUGGGAGCAGAUCGGGGUCUGUGCUCUUUCCCUCCACCCAGGAGGCGGAAGCCCCUCAGGCGGCCCGUAGCUGCUGUGGACCCAGGGACCCAGCGGUGCCUGGUGGGAGAGCUGGGAACCCCCUGUAGUCGCGGUGUCCCCGCGGGCACCACAGUCACAGACACGAGGGCGCGGACCGCGUCUGCCAGGGCUGACGGCUGCCACUGGGCAAAUGCACUUGCUCAGCCCACGUCCUCAUGCUCCUGAGUAACAUGCAAAUGCGAGGCUGGGGCUCUGGGGCCCCCGCUGGGUGGGGUGGAGGCUCUGUCACCUUUGCAGCCUCCUACCAACAGGAGGGAGGGCAGGGCCAGCAGGGCAGGGUGCUGCCAGUGACCCCGACAUCUGCCUCCCGUGGCCUUACGCCCAGCAAAUCCGGGUCCACUUUGGUCUAAUCCCUGGGUGGGGUGGGCAAGGCCUUUCUACCACUGUCCGGUUUACACCCGAGCGCUUCCCCUCUGGCAGACCAAGCCCCAAAGCAGCGGCUCAGCACCACCUGGCAGAGCUGGGCCACUGGGUGGUGCUGCUGCUCCACGAGUCCCGGCGCGCCCGCCUCUGGCCCCGCCCCAGCCCUCUGGCCCCGCCCCCUCGCGGGCUCGGCCGCGCCCCUUGCAGUCCGCGACCCCCGGCGCCCGGCCAGUUGUGCCUCAGCAGAUCUGAGAGACUGCGAAGAGGCCCACAGGGCUGGCGGGCACGGCCUCUGGCGCACACGAGCCGAGCCGUGUGGAGCGGAGCCGCAGGGCAUGGGUGCUGUCUGCGCCAAAGGGCGCCUGACUCUCCCAGGACCGGGCAGACCCAGCCCUGCAAGCCCCGGGCGACACCAAUGGCCUCGCCGCCCAGCCCGGCUCCCUCGGCCCCCAACCCUGCAGGGCCCUGGGGACCUGUGUCCAGGGAGCCCAGGGUGGAGGGUGUUACAUCUAGAGAAAAUUGCUUUUGCCAGACGCCAAACAGUGCUCCCCUUGCAGCAGUUUCAGGCCGUCCAGACACUGCAAGUGUGGGUCCAAACGUGCCCAAGAACUAGUUUCGGAAGCUGGGUUUUGAUGGGACACUUUUCCCUGCUUCACACGGAGCCAAGGACAAUCCAGAACGUUCCCUUACCAUUUUCUUUGCAGGGUAGACUUUCGUGGCAGCUAGGGUCUAGUCAAAUGCCUGGAGUUCACAUCCUGGCUGCCUCCGGGGUGGUGGCUGACUCACCGCCCAUCUGAGUACAGGGUUGUAGCUCCCGCCCGCACCCUGCUGUGGCCCCCUCACUGGCUGGGCCGCCCCGCAGGCUGUCAGCACAGGGAGGCACUGGAGGUGCCCGGGAAGCUGGGCUCGCCCUCUGCACGGCUGCCUCUGCUGUGCGGUCGCGUGGCCAGGCUGCAGGCAGGCGGCGGCGCCGCCCGAGCGGAGUGAGACCCACCUGGCGGGGUGCCUGCCGGCUGCAGCCGCCGAGAGGCAAGGAUGGCUGUUGCCGAUGCGGGGUCCUGGGAGCAUGGUGGCGCUGACUGGCUGACAGAGAAAGUCACAGCCUCGCUGUGCUCGCCUCCUUAUCUGAAAAAUGGAGAUCACAGCACUGACCUCUGAGAACCAUCACGAGAGUGAAACGCGUUGGUCCCUGCAGUGUGCGCCAAGCUCACGCACUGGGCAAUGCGGGGACCUGGGGUUCUCUCCCCCUCCCAGGGCCCAACCCUCCUGGGCCUCUGCGUGCUGUGGGGUCCCCUGAGCGGCUCUAGGGGACAUGGCGGGGGCGGGGGGCUUUGGUGCCCCUAGAGGAGGAGCAGAGGGACCAGGCCUUGAGCCAGCCACCAGCCUUCCUCCACUUGUGCCCAUAUUUCAAUCUGGAGCUCUAAGACUUUAAUCUCAGUCAAAUCACAUUUUAAAUGACUUUUUAAAAAGUACCUUUAAUUCGGCAUUUUGGGAACGGCUUCAAGGCAGGUGGAAUCCUGAGGCCAGACACUGACAGCAGCAGCCAGGGCCCAGGCGGGGCACCUGCCCUCUCUUCUGCGCGCACCAGGGGGCAGUAUGGAGCUGCACACGGCCGGAGCUUGGGCCCGACCUAGGACACACCUUGCAGCAGCUGGGUUCCCUCCACCAGACCCCUUUCCGUGUAAGGGGUGUGUCUGCAACUGACUGGCCAGGACCCCUCAUCCCCAGAGUCUGUCCCUGUCAAAGAGCAGGCACCCGGCCCAGAGCCCAGCCACAGGCUCCCUGCACGGUGACGACACCAGGAGCCAUGCUGAGCCUGCCAAAGGCAGCGUGCAGGUGCCUGAGCCCCACUGACACCUUGACCCCAAGGAGGCAGGCCUCCUGCCAGGGUAAAGGGAUGGUGACCUGGUGGACACUAGCCAGAUGCGGUUAAGAGCCGAGGACCAGCCAGCCAGGUGUCAGGGCCGAGGCUCGGGUUUAGUGAUCAGAAGAAAUCAGGAGGGCACGAGUCUCAGGGGAGGGGGCCUGGGUACCCAGAGUGGGUCGAGACUCUCAGUAACCUUCUGGGGGAGUUCCCACUGCGGUGCAGUGGGUCAAGAAUCCCACCGCAGCAGCUCGGGUGGCUGCAGAGUUGCAGGUUCGAUCCCCAGCCCAUUGUAGUGGGUUAAAGAUCUGGUGUUGCCACAGCCGUGGUGUAGGUCACAACUGCAGCUCAGAUCCAACCCUGGCCGGGGAACUUCCAUAUGCCAUGAGGGCAGCCAUUUAAAACAAAAAACAGCCCAAACCCUUCUGGGGGCUUCAGGGCAGACACUGAAAAAAAAAAAACCAACAAAAAAAAACAAAACCCUUCUGGGGGUUUCUAACCCCUCUCGUUGGGAUCAGCUGAGCACUCUGCUGGGCAGGUGGCUCUAGCCCUUUUCCUGGGGGUCCAGGGGCAGCCUAGCACGUACCCUCUGCUCCUUGUUUCUGAGCAGGGUGGAGGGCAGACAAGUUAAAGCCAUCCCCCAUCCCAACCAUCCCCGUGUCAUCCCAAGGUCUCUCCUGCGCUGGCAGGGAGGGGACCGGUUCCACAGAGCCCGCGGCAGCCUCUCUGGGAGCCAGCAUGGUGCCCACCCAGCCUCCAACGCCCCGCCACCCUCUAAGAAUACGAAAGAGAGUUUAUUGAAUCUAUACUCCAUUAAAAUCUCCCAACAUAAAAGCUCUGUAACAAACAUCA